AUGCCGACAUGGGAUAAGCUGGUAAUGCCAUGGUCAGAGGCCUAUCAAAACUUAGGUGCCAGCAGUUUACUUACCACCUUCUUAUCGAAGAAGGGGGCCAUAUCUGAAGGCGACUUUCUAAUGGACAGAGUCUCUGAUUAUUUUUCGGAAUUCAAACCCCUAGUCAAUGAAUGGCGCAGUCAAAUCCACCUCACAGAAAUUGACACCAAUGCAACAGUCAUUCACGAUCACAUAUUCCAGAUGCUUGUAAUGUUCAUCAUGAAACUCGAGGACUUGGAUGAAAAUCAUGAAAUACCCAUCCCAAUCCCAAUCCAAUCCCAAUCCUGCUGCCCUGUCCUCCUCCCCAGUCUCCUACUGUUCAACCCAUCACAGGUCCUUCAACCCUUCCACAUACUGGCACAACAUGGUCUUCGACAAGUCAGCCAGGCCCACACUCAGGCUGUUCUCAAUAACUUGUUUCUAUUACUCGGAGGACAAGAUGAGUAG